UGUGGUGUGUGUGGUGUUGUGUGAACAUCAGUGUGUGGUCCCCUGCUCCUUCUCUCAUCAUCUGAUGUGAUGGCAGCUCGAGCAACAAGCGAGCGCGGCGGUGCGGCCGCGGCGGCGGCAGCGGCAGCGGCGGCGCUGCGCACACGGAGAACGCGUCGGUGAAUGAGCGGCGGAGGUUGUGUUGUACGUGCGUGUGAAGCGUGUGCGUGUGGAGCGGGGGGCUGCGGAGGAUUGAAGGAACUCGGGGGAUUUGUGAAAGUCUCGUGAAAGUGCGUGACGCUGCUGCGGUCGUGCGGGUUCCCGUGUGCGGUGCGGACCGGAGCAGACGAUGGACCGAGCCGCGGCCGGCUCCCCGGGACCCGCAGCGGCGCUCCGGCUCCUGUGGCUGCUGCGGGUCCUGCACCUGGCGGGCGCUCAGGAGGUUUACGCACCGCACUCGAUCCGGGUGGAGGGCGACGUGACGCUGGGGGGGCUGUUCCCGGUGCACGCCAGGGGGGUCCCGGGGAUUCCGUGCGGGGACAUCAAGAAGGAGAACGGGAUCCACCGGCUGGAGGCGAUGAUGUACGCCCUGGAUCAGAUCAACGGGGACGAGGAGCUGCUGCCCAACGUCACCCUGGGCGCGCGGAUCCUGGACACGUGCUCCCGGGACACCUACGCCCUGGAGCAGUCGCUGACGUUCGUGCAGGCGCUGAUCCAGAAGGACACGUCGGACGUCAGGUGCACCAACGGGGAACCGCCGCUGUUCGUGAAGCCGGAGAAAGUUGUCGGUGUGGUGGGAGCGUCUGCGAGCUCCGUGUCCAUCAUGGUGGCCAACAUCCUGCGCCUCUUCCAGAUCCCUCAGAUCAGCUAUGCCUCCACGGCCCCGGAGCUGAGCGACGACCGGCGCUACGACUUCUUCUCCCGCGUGGUCCCUCCGGACAGCUUCCAGGCUCAGGCCAUGGUGGACAUCGUCCAGGCCAUGGGUUGGAACUACGUCUCCACCGUGGCGUCGGAGGGCAGCUACGGCGAGAAGGGCGUGGACGCCUUCAUGCAGGUCUCCAGAGAAGCAGGUGGAAUCUGCAUCGCUCAGUCACUGAAGAUUCCUCACGACCACAAACCGUCGGACUUUGAUAAAAUCAUCCGUCUGCUGCUGGACACGCGUUACGCCCGCGCCGUCAUCCUGUUUGCAUCUGACGAGGACAUCAGAGGGAUCCUGAACGCCAGUAAGCGAGCCGACCAGGUGGGACACUUCCUGUGGCUGGGCUCUGACAGCUGGGGGGCCAAGAACAGUCCCAUCCACCAGCUGGAGGACGCUGCUGUCGGAGCCGUGACCAUUCUCCCAAAGAGGGCGACCAUCAGUGGCUUCGACUCCUACUUCACGUCCAGGACGCUGGAGAACAACCGGAGGAACGUGUGGUUCGCUGAGUACUGGGAGGAGAACUUCAACUGCAAGCUGAUGAGCUCGUCCAAGAGAGACGAGAGCAGCAGGAAGUGCACAGGUCAGGAACGUAUCGGCCUGGACUCCAAGUACGAGCAGGAAGGGAAGGUGCAGUUUGUGAUCGAUGCCGUGUACGCCGUGGCCCACGCGCUCCACAACAUGCAGAGGGACCUGUGUCCAGAGAACUCUGGCAUCUGUGUGGAGAUGGACCUGGCUGGAGGCAAGAAGCUGCUCAGGUACCUCCGCAGCGUCAGCUUCAACGGAAGUGCCGGCACGUCGGUGACAUUUAACCGUGACGGUGACGCUCCCGGACGCUACGACCUGUUCCAGUACCAGUGGAGCAACGUGACCGGGCCGGGCUACAGAGUCAUCGGACAGUGGACGGAGACGCUGCAGAUCAACAUGGAGGACAUGCAGUGGCCUCUGGGCGAGCGGGCCGUCCCCAGCUCGGUGUGCAGCCUGCCCUGCCGGCCCGGCGAGAGGAAGAAGGUGGUGAAGGGCAUGGCGUGCUGCUGGCACUGCGAGCCCUGCGAUGGUUACCAGUACCAGCUCAACGAGUUCACCUGUAAACUCUGCUCCUACAACAUGAGGCCCAACGCCAACCGCACAGCCUGCCAGCCCAUCCCCAUCACCCAGCUGGACUGGACCUCGGCCUGGGCCGUGGUCCCGGUCCUCCUGGCGAUGCUCGGCAUCGUGGCUACGAUGCUCGUCAUGGCGACGUUCCUCCGGCACAACGACACGCCCAUCGUCCGCGCCUCCGGCCGCGAGCUGAGCUACGUGCUGCUCACCGGGAUCUUCCUGUGUUACAUCAUCACGUUCCUCAUGAUCGCCAAGCCGGAUGUGGCCGUGUGCUCGUUCAGGAGGAUCUUCCUGGGUCUGGGGAUGUGCAUCAGCUACGCCGCCCUGCUCACCAAAACCAACCGCAUCUACCGGAUCUUCGAGCAGGGGAAGAGGUCGGUGACGGCGCCCCGGCUCAUCAGCCCCGCCUCCCAGCUGGCCAUCACCUCCAGCCUCAUCUCCGUGCAGCUGCUGGGCGUGCUGGUCUGGUUCGGGGUGGAUCCACCCAACAUCAUCAUAGACUACGAGGAGCAGAAGACCAUCAACCCAGAUCUGGCCCGAGGCGUGUUGAAGUGUGACAUCACAGACCUGCAGCUCAUCUGCUCGCUGGGCUACAGCAUCCUGCUGAUGGUGACCUGCACUGUCUACGCCAUCAAGACCCGCGGCGUCCCCGAGAACUUCAACGAGGCCAAGCCCAUCGGGUUCACCAUGUACACCACCUGCAUCGUGUGGCUGGCCUUCAUCCCCAUCUUCUUCGGCACAGCGCAGUCCACAGAGAAGCUCUACAUCCAGACGACCACGUUGACCAUCUCCAUGAACCUCAGUGCGUCCGUGGCCCUCGGGAUGCUCUACCUGCCGAAGGUCUACGUGAUCCUCUUCCACCCGGAGCUCAACGUGCAGAAGAGGAAACGCUCGUUCAAAGCCGUGGUCACCGUGGCCACCAUGUCGUCCCGACUCUCCCACAAGGCCCGGCCCAACGGCGAGGCCAAGACGGAGCUGUGUGACCUGGUGGACGCCGACAGCUAAUCUCAUAUUAAUCUGAGGUCGAGCAGCGCAGAAGAAGAAGAGCGUGAGCUACAGCGACCUCGUGAUCUGACGCGUUCCUCCAUCACGACCACGACCUGAGCGACAGGAGGCGUCUGCUGGAGCAAAGCAUUGUGGGACACAGACGUUGACUCGAUCAGAGGAACGCUGAGGGGGGAGGAGGAGUUUUUAAGAAGAGGACGAUGUGAUGGUUGGAAAUAUUUGAGAAAACAAAAGAUUGAACAGAAUCUUUUAGUUUUGUCGAGACUGACUCGUCUCAUCACAGAGUCGCUCAGACGAAUGACCUCACGUGACCUGACGUGACCUCACGUGACCUGACGUGACCUGACGUGACCUCACGUGACCUGACGUGACCUGACGUGACCUCACGUGACCUGACGUGACCUCACGUGACCUCACGUGACCUGACGUGACCUGACGUGACGUGACCUCACGUGACCUCACGUGACCUGACGUGACGUGACCUCACGUGACCUCACGUGACCUCACGUGACCUUCGUGCAGAGCCCAGCUCCUCUCGUGUCCUGACGUGACCUGACGUGACCUCACGUGACCUGACGUGACCUGACGUGACCUCACGUGACCUGACGUGACCUGACGUGACGUGACCUCACGUGACCUCACAUGACGUGACCUCACGUGACCUCACGUGACCUUCGUGCAGAGCCCGCCUCCUCUCGUGUCCUGACGUUCUUCCAAACAGAAAGUUUUCCAACCUCCCGUCGACCCGGUUGUUGUCUUUAUGUUUUCUGUGUCGUCCGCCUUCAGUUGUUGGUUUGAGUUUGAUUUGUUACGAUGGUUGAGAUGUUGAUGAUUCUUGGAUCACAUUUGACUUCACUGGUUUUAUUAAAGCCAUAUUCUCCACUCUGAGACAUCGAGGGCUUCGUUCAUGCUGCGGAAAUCAACAUGAAAACCCAGAUUCUUAAUCGCUUAGUGAUUAAAUUAAAUUAAUUAGAUCAAGUCUCUGACACAGUGACCUCGCCCUCACGCGACCUCCUGAUUGGCCGUUUCCUCCCACCUCACUCGGUCUCAGUUUAAAUUCAUCUGUUAAGGCAGCCACCAGGGGGCGAUCCAUAUGUUGACUUCACUUUAGAGGAGCUGUCAAGUCGUCCAUCUUGUUUUUCAUUGACUUUUGUAUGGACGAUGCACGAUAUAUAAAUAUAUAUAUAAAUAUAUUUAUAUUUGUGUGUCUAUGUGACAUAUAACAACAAUGUUCAGAGUUUUUCAGAGAGACUUGAACCGUCAGAAAUCUUCAUCUCAGUCACAUGACGUGAAAAAACAGAUUCUUCAAGUGAACAUGAAGCAAAAAAUAUAAGAUUUGUGUUUUAAAUCCUUUUUGUUCUAAUGUCUGUGGUCCCUACGUGUGUGUUCCUUCUGCACACACACACACACGUGUCGAGUCCUGCAGUGUUGUGUAUGUGCCUGAUGAAGAUGAUGCUGGUUGUUGCAGUCGCUGAAGUCACAGACACAACAGGAAGUGAUGAUGUGGAGGUUGUUGCAUGCCUGGUGUUCGAUGUUGAAACAGAAUCUGAAACAAGUUAAAGAAACUGUCGUUGGACUCGGUCGAUUCCAGCCUCAGUUUUUAUUUCACCUUUUCUUCCUCUUCUCUCGGCAGAAUAUGUCUUUGAUCUGUUUUGAUAUUUUCCUGGAAACUACAGGAAAAGGAGAAAAAGUAUAUAAAAUAUAUAUUUAAAAAAGAAAUUACUUGUAAAAAAGAAGCAUGUAUGUUUUCUACUGUUUGUACUCGGUUUCUUCACGUUGCUGCUUCUGAGAUUCCCAUCAUGCAACUCUCCUGUGGUGUCGUCCGAAUGUAAUCACACCAAAUUAAAAGCUUUGGUUAUUUUUUAUAUGUAAAUGCUCUGAGGAAAAUGUGCUAUUUGUGUAUUUGUGUACUUGUGUACUUUUGUCUUUGUGUCUUUGUGUCUUUGUGUCUUUCUCAUCUAGAUCGGCCUUGAGAGUUAUUUAAUUGAUGUCAUCCCUCGUUCCUUCGUCUCUUUUGUACAAAAUCAUCAUUUGCCUGAAAAAAAUGUCUCGUCUCUGUUUUCUUUUUCCAAUUUUCUCGAACCAGAUUUCAGGUUUUUCUUUUGUGUUGGAAUAAAAAAUGUGAAGUGGACGAGUGAGUUCAAA